CAGCAGUACAGCAAUGUUUGCUAGUUAGCCGCUGGCUAGCAUGUUAGCCGGGGUUCCUCACCGAGUCGUAAACAGAAACCAUGAUCCCUACACGCAGCUUCAGUUCUAAGUGAAUGGUUUUCUGGGCGAACGGUUCGUCGAUCUCGACACGAUGUCGGACAGGAAGCGAGCGAGAGAGAAGGAGGACAAACGAGAGCACAAGAGACACAAGUCCUCCAAACAGGAUCUGGAGAAACUCAAGACACACUCGAAAAAGCUCAGCCAACAAGUCCAGAAUCUGAAGCACGUGGAGACAUUCUACGAGAAACCCCCCCCAGGACUCAUAAAGGAGAACGAUGAGAAGCCAGAGGACUGUAUUCCUGCUGAACCAGGAAACGAAGACGCCAGGACCUUCCUGGCCAGCGCCCCCACCCGGGGUCUGUGGAUGCCUCUGGGGAAGGAGGUGAAGGUGAUGCAGUGCUGGAGAUGCAAGCGUUAUGGUCACAGGACAGGAGACAAGGAGUGUCCUUUCUUCAUCAAAGGCAACCAGAAACUGGAGCAGUUCAGAGUGGCCCACGAAGACCCAAUGUACGACAUCAUUCGGGAAAACAAAAGGAAUGAAAAAGAAACCAGGAUCCAGCAGCUGCAGCAGCUGCUCCAGGACACCACCUCCUCCUCCGAUUCAGACAGCUCCUCCUCCUCUUCCUCUUCCUCCUCCUCCUCUUCUUCUUCCUCUUCCUCGUCCUCCUCCGACGACAAUCGCAGCAAGAAGCGGAAUAAGGGGAAGGACAAGAAGAAGAAAGACAAGAAGAAGAGAAAGAGCAAGCGAAAGCACAAGUCCUCGAAAACCAGUGACGCUUCAGAUUAAGUUUAAUUAGAACAAGUGCUCAUAAAUUACUUGUUUUAAAAGUAGAGCCUGUGAGGGAAGUAGCAGCGGAGGUAGUGAAGCGUGUGCUGCAGAGUACGAGCUGCUCUCUGGAGACGUCCUGAAGCCUUUUCUCUGCAGGGAGAAAACUCUGAAACCGUAUUAUCCACCGCGCAUGACUUUCCCCAGCCGUCUGAUUCGCUCCAGGGUGACGCCUUGCAUUCGCAUACUCUCGUGUCAUGUUAGAUCAAACAGCAGCGGGUCGUAUGGAGUAGCUGCUUCAGUUUCCGCGUGUGUAUGUGUGCCUCGGUGCAUAUGUGUGUCAAAAGAAUGAACUGUGUGGGUAAUGAAUCUACAGAGAUAUGAAUUGAGCCCUCUGGUGUAAGAGCUAAUGUUCUUUAAUGGGGCUUAAUAAGACACAGUCGCAUGUCAGCAAAUAGUUUGUCAUUAACAGAUUUUUUUUUUUAUGUAUCCCUCGCUGGUGUCAAAUACUUUGAUUGUAGAGUAUAUUUAACAUAGGGAGGUGGAAAAAAACAGAAUUGGAGUACAGUUCAAGUUUGUUUGCCCACAAGCCAGAAUGUUUGAAUGUCUGUGACUGGACAUAAAUAUUUGGAAUAAUUUGAGGUUGGAAUAUGCUUAUUUUCUUUUUUUUUUCUGAAAAGCCACAGAGAUGGGGAAGGAAUGUUUGUGAAUGUGUUCCCUGAUCCUGAGAAUAAAGACGGCUAUUUUUUCUUCUC